CUCCCCCUCUCUGUGUCUGCAGGGAGGGACAGAGACUGUCUACAGGCUGGUGACACCUGCUCCAGUGAUGAUGCGUGCAGCCCUCGUCUGCGGACGCUGAGACAGUGUGUGGCGGGGGACGGCAGUGUGAAGCUGGGCCCUGGGGCCAGGAACCAGUGUGAGAACGCAGUCACGGCACUGCUCUCCUCCCCGCUCCACGGCUGCCAGUGUAAACGAGGCAUGAAGAGAGAGAAGAACUGCCUCAGUAUUUAUUGGAGCCUGCACCAGUCUGUCCUGCAUGGUGAGACUAUAACAUCCAGCCCUAAUCUAUAGUACCAGUCUGUAACCCUAACCCUAAUCUAUAGUACCAGUCUGUAACCCUAACCCUAAUCUAUAGUACCAGUCUGUCCUGCAUGGUGAGACUAUAACACCCAGCCCUAAUCUAUAGUACCAGUCUGUCCUGCAUGGUGAGACUAUAACACCCAGCCCUAAUCUAUAGUACCAGUCUGUAACCCUAACCCUAAUCUAUAGUACCAGUCUGUAACCCUAACCCUAAUCUAUAGGACCAGUCUGUCCUGCAUGGUGAGACUAUAACACCCAGCCCUAAUCUAUAGUACCAGUCUGUCCUGCAUGGUGAGACUAUAACACCCAGCCCUAAUCUAUAGUACCAGUCUGUCCUGCAUGGUGAGACCAUAACACCCAGCCCUAAUCUAUAGUACCAGUCUGUAACCCUAACCCUAAUCUAUAGUACCAGUCUGUCCUGCAUGGUGAGACUAUAACACCCAGCCCUAAUCUAUAGUACCAGUCUGUAACCCUAACCCUAAUCUAUAGUACCAGUCUGUCCUGCAUGGUGAGACUAUAACACCCAGCCCUAAUCUAUAGUACCAGUCUGUAACCCUAACCCUAAUCUAUAGGACCAGUCUGUCCUGCAUGGUGAGACUAUAACACCCAGCCCUAAUCUAUAGUACCAGUCUGUAACCCUAACCCUAAUCUAUAGUACCAGUCUGUCCUGCAUGGUGAGACUAUAACACCCAGCCCUAAUCUAUAGCACCAGUCUGUCCUGCAUGGUGAGACUAUAACACCCAGCCCUAAUCUAUAGUACCAGUCUGUCCUGCAUGGUGAGACUAUAACACCCAGCCCUAAUCUAUAGUACCAGUCUGUAACCCUAACCCUAAUCUAUAGUACCAGUCUGUAACCCUAACCCUAAUCUAUAGUACCAGUCUGUAACCCUAACCCUAAUCUAUAGUACCAGUCUGUCCUGCAUGGUGAGACUAUAACACCCAGCCCUAAUCUAUAGUACCAGUCUGUAACCCUAACCCUAAUCUAUAGUACCAGUCUGUAACCCUAACCCUAAUCUAUAGUACCAGUCUGUCCUGCAUGGUGAGACUAUAACACCCAGCCCUAAUCUAUAGUACCAGUCUGUAACCCUAACCCUAAUCUAUAGCACCAGUCUGUCCUGCAUGGUGAGACUAUAACACCCAGCCCUAAUCUAUAGUACCAGUCUGUAACCCUAACCCUAAUCUAUAGCACCAGUCUGUCCUGCAUGGUGAGACUAUAACACCCAGCCCUAAUCUAUAGUACCAGUCUGUAACCCUAACCCUAAUCUAUAGCACCAGUCUGUCCUGCACAGUCUGUCCUGCAUGGUGAGACUAUAACACCCAGCCCUAAUCUAUAGUACCAGUCUGUAACCCUAACCCUAAUCUAUAGCACCAGUCUGUCCUGCAUGGUGAGACUAUAACACCCAGCCCUAAUCUAUAGUACCAGUCUGUCCUGCAUGGUGAGACUAUAACACCCAGCCCUAAUCUAUAGUACCAGUCUGUAACCCUAACCCUAAUCUAUAGUACCAGUCUGUCCUGCAUGGUGAGACUAUAACACCCAGCCCUAAUCUAUAGUACCAGUCUGUAACCCUAACCCUAAUCUAUAGUACCAGUCUGUAACCCUAAUCUAUAGUACCAGUCUGUCCUGCAUGGUGAGACUAUAACACCCAGCCCUAAUCUAUAGUACCAGUCUGUAACCCUAACCCUAAUCUAUAGUACCAGUCUGUCCUGCAUGGUGAGACUAUAACACCCAGCCCUAAUCUAUAGUACCAGUCUGUCCUGCAUGGUGAGACUAUAACACCCAGCCCUAAUCUAUAGUACCAGUCUGUAACCCUAACCCUAAUCUAUAGUACCAGUCUGUAACCCUAACCCUAAUCUAUAGUACCAGUCUGUAACCCUAACCCUAAUCUAUAGUACCAGUCUGUCCUGCAUGGUGAGACUAUAACACCCAGCCCUAAUCUAUAGUACCAGUCUGUAACCCUAACCCUAAUCUAUAGUACCAGUCUGUAACCCUAACCCUAAUCUAUAGCACCAGUCUGUCCUGCAUGGUGAGACUAUAACACCCAGCCCUAAUCUAUAGUACCAGUCUGUAACCCUAACCCUAAUCUAUAGCACCAGUCUGUCCUGCAUGGUGAGACUAUAACACCCAGCCCUAAUCUAUAGUACCAGUCUGUAACCCUAACCCUAAUCUAUAGUACCAGUCUGUCCUGCAUGGUGAGACUAUAACACCCAGCCCUAAUCUAUAGUACCAGUCUGUAACCCUAACCCUAAUCUAUAGCACCAGUCUGUCCUGCAUGGUGAGACUAUAACACCCAGCCCUAAUCUAUAGUACCAGUCUGUCCUGCAUGGUGAGACUAUAACACCCAGCCCUAAUCUAUAGUACCAGUCUGUAACCCUAACCCUAAUCUAUAGCACCAGUCUGUCCUGCAUGGUGAGACUAUAACACCCAGCCCUGCUGGGGGGGGGGGGCUAGAAGAGGGACAUAUAGAGGUUAGGGUUAGGGACAGUGGAUAAAAAGAGGGACAAAUAGAGGUUAGGGGCAGUGGAUAAAGAGAGGGGCAUAUAGAGGUUAGGGUUAGAGACAGGGUUAUCUUUGGUCUCUUUGUUGCCUCUCUGAUUCAUGCCCUCCUUGCCUGGUCCAUGAGUUUUGGUGGGCGGCUCUCUCUUGACAGGUUUGUUGUGGUGCCAUAUUCUUUCCAUUAUUUUUAAAUGAUGGAUUUAAUGGUGCUCCGUGGAAUGUUCAAAGUUUGGGAUAUUUUUUAAUAACCCAACCCUGAUCUGUACUUCUCCACAACUUUGUCCCUGACCUGUCUGGAGAGCUCCUUGGUCUUCAUGGUGCCACUUGCUUGGUGGUGCCCCUUGCUUAGUGGUGUUGCAGACUCUGGGGCCUUUCAGAACAGGUGUAUAUAUACUGAGAUCAUGUGAUACUUAGAUUGCACACAGGUGGACUUUAUUUAACUAAUUAUGUGACUUCUGAAGGUAAUUGGUUGCACCAGAUCUUAUUUAGGGGCUUCAUUUUAGUCUGCUAAAUGACUAAAAUGUAAAUGUAAAUGUAAAUAGCGAAGGGGGUGAAUAGAUAUGCACGCACCACUUUUCAGUUCUUUAUUUUUUAGAAUUUUUUGAAACAAGUAAUUUUUUUCAUUUCACUUCACCAAUUUGGACUAUUUUGUGUAUGUCCAUUACAUGAAAUCCAAAUAAAAAUCAAUUUAAAUGACAGGUUGUAAUGCAACAAUAUAGGGAAAACGCCAAGGGGGGUGAAUACUUUUGCAAGGUACUUCACUUAAAUUAUUAAACAUUUAUUGGGUGAUUCCUGAAAACGUUCACGUGUGUCUGUGUGCAGGACAGAGUCUGGUGGAGAGUUACCCAUACGAACCAGAGGAGAGGGGCUUCGACUACGUACACCUGGCCUACAUGGCUGCA